GCAUCAGAGCAAUUGACUAUACAGUACCUCCGUACUACAGUACUCGACACUUCCCCCAACAACAACACCAUACACAGCAGAAACACAGCCAUCAAUCGCAUUCACCACGACACGACGACAAUUUAGUUCAUGACGAAUGUCAAUGUCCCAUGGUCUCGGCUACGAUCGGAGUCAAGAGGCGAUGCGCCACAAAUGAUACCAUACCUUCCUCCCGUCUUUUCCACAGCAGAGCGCGGCAAUACGCCCACGCCUAGCCUAGCCACACGAUGAGAUGUAAAUGAUGGAUGGAUUGGCACGCUUGGGAUCCAAUGGAACACGGACGAAUGAAGGAGUUGCGAUAUCGCACGAUGUGGUAAUAGCCGUGGGGGUUCCUUGCCGUGCUCUAGACUCUGGUAGCUUCAAGAAGCUCUAUACAAGUAGUCGGGUAGAAUGUCCAGCGAGCAGUGAGCAGCAUCUUUGCAAUUGACUCAACACCAUCAAUGCUGAAAUAUGGCGGACGAAAAGAAGACUUUCCCAUCCGAUACUGGAUAUGCGAGAGCGAUCCAUGCGCCGAGUGUGGACGUGGAAGACCACGAUGUCGCGAUUACGAUGGUGGGGGAGCAUAGGCAGGAGCUUGACCCCGCGGCAGAAGCUCGAGUCGUGCGGAAGCUCGACCUCUUUUUGAUCCCGGCGAUGAUCAUUCUGUAUGGAUUUGUCUACUAUGAUAGUAUGCCCCUUCCACUCCCAUCUUUGCCAUUGCCAGCUCUGACAAUCCUGCAGAAGCGAUCCUCGGAUCCGCAGUCCUCUUUGGCAUGACCACAGAUCUCCACCUCUCCCGAGUUCUUCCCACCAACCCUCCCACGACCGAUACCUCGCGUCUGAGCUGGGCGACCUCAAUGUUCUACUUUGGCAUGCUGGCAGGUCUAUACCCCAUGACCUUUGCCCUACAGAGAUUCAACAUGGGACGGAUUCUCGGCGUGGUGGUUUGCUUCUGGGCAUUGGUGUGUCUGCUCACGGCGGCAGUGACAAGCUGGCAAGGUCUCUACGCGCAACGGUUCUUUUUGGGAUUCGUGGAGAGUAUUAUCCCCACGGGUCUCAUGUGUAUCGUGACUUCGUUCUAUACGCAAAAAGAGCAAUCCCUGCGACAGAGCUGGUGGUUCUCUUCCACUGGUAUAUUUACCAUUGUUGGUGGGGCCUUGAACUAUGGAUUUGGACAGAUUAAAGGAGGGGCCUUGAAGAGAUGGCAGUACAUCUACCUCCUAGCUGGAUCAUUGACUUUCCUACUAGGUCUUGGCUGCUUCUUCGUGCCUUCGUCUCCUACAUCUGCGUGGUUCCUUACCAAAGACGAAAGAUUCAUUGCUACCGAGCGCCUGAGAACGGGACAAACUGGAGUCCGCUGCACGAAAUUCAAGUGGUAUCAAAUCCGUGAAUCAAUUCUCGAUAUCAAAGUAUGGCUUAUCGCCUUGAUGAUGGCAUCAGCCUACACCGUCAAUGGGGCAGUCAGUGGUUUCGGUCCCUUGAUCGUUUCCACGUUUGGGUAUUCAAAUCUGGAUUCUAUCCUCUUUCAAUUCCCCCUGGGCGGUAUUUGUCUUCUUAGUAUUCUCCUCACUGGCUAUCUAUCUUCUCGUUUCCCAAAUGUUCGUGUCAUAUUGCUCAUCAUCUGUUGUCUACCUGUCAUUGCAGGCUGUGCAAUCAUCUGGAAAAGCUCGUGGUUUCAUCGAGCAGCCGCUCCCGUUGUCGGCUACUCCAUCAUCGGGUUCUUCGGCGCAGUCGUCUCGCUCGUAAUCACACUGGGUAUGGCCAAUGUCGCUGGACAAACCAAAAAGUGCUUCAUGGCAGCCACGAUCUUCGUUGCCUACUGCGUGGGAAAUAUUGUGGGUCCUCAGUUGAUCAAAUCACAGACCAAAUCUCGACAUUACCCUGAACUAUGGACGGGUCUGAUAAUUUGGUAUAUCCUUCUUACACCCCAUCGUCUCCUGUCUCUGCUUACCAAUCGAUAUAGCUAUUGCAUCACGAUUACCUCUGCGAUUGCGUUAUACAUCGUUCUUUGGAGGGAAAACAAACGCAGGGAGGGCUUGGAUCUGAAUGAGACUGAGAGAGGUAAGAUGGCUUUCCAUGAUUUGACGGAUAAGGAGAACCCGUAUUUUCGGUACAUGAUGUAGGAUGGAAGGUUGGGGGAGGUUUCUGAGCAUACUAUAGUGCUGUAUCCCUUCCAGACAAUCAAGUGCCAAAAAAAGGGGCACCAAAAGUGGAGUAAAGCAUCCAUUUUUCCAACAUCUUCUCCGCAAAAUAAAGCCGUUUAGCCAACUAGCCAACUAGCCAACUAGCCAACCAAAACACGUUACCAAGUAUUUGAGCCUCACUUUGACCCAGUUAACCACCUGCAUCCACUUUGAGUGCACGUUUUCUUUUUGGCACUUGGUUGUCUGGAAGGGAUACCUGGUCCUGUAGUGAAUAAAUUGAGUUAUACUGGAACUCUACGAGCACUACUCGUAUGAUUUCGUAGAUACCAGUACACUUUUCGAACGGAGGGGCAGCGAGGCAGUCUUAUCUUCAGCGGUGAUAUUUCCUAAUGAAGCACAUCCCCGAAGAGACAUGGUCGUUAUUCUGUACAGUAUACUCCCCUCUUCAAAUAAGCUUUUUUUACAAGGACGAGUGUUAUACAAUUAACAUACCUAGGUAGCUAGCUAUAUCAAGAGCUUAGAAAAAUUGUUACCGGUUACUUUUUAUAAGCUUACCUUGGUAUUAGUAUAACCAACUUCCUAGGUUUUACCUAGGAGUAGAAUUUUAGUAAAAAUAACUUUUUAUAUAGUUUAUUAUCUUACCUCGGUUCCCCGCGCGUACCGAGGUGUCGACCUCCAAAUCCUUCGCAGGAUUCAACGACGCCAAUCCACAGAACAUCCCCUCUAUUUCCCCAUCCAAGCCCUUCAAUUCGUCGUCCCGCGCUCUAGAAAACCAUCCACAUCCACUCUUUCGCGUUAAAAUCUGCAGCCAAGUCCCACCCCUCCACCAUCCUACUACCCCGCCCUAAAAAAAACCUACGUACACAGCUCAACUCAUUUUAAAUGUCAAAUAAAAAGGCUCUGGAUCCCCCGCACCUCCAAAAAUUUCUUGGUGAAAGGAAAAACAAGGAAAGAAAGGAAUUGCGGAAAUCGAAAUCAUGUCGAAAUCUACCUACCAAACCGUUGUCCUGGCUAAACGGCCCACGGCCACUAUCGUCCCGGGGGAAACUUUUGAGGUUAAGGAGAGGCCGCUUUUGACGGAGAGGGAUUUGGGGGCGGGAGAUGUGUUGGUUGAGACGCUUUAUCUGAGUUUGGAUCCGGCUAUGAGGGGGUGGUUGAAUGGUAUUGUUGUUUGGCUUUUUUGUUUACUUCCUUUUCUUGUCCAGAUUUUCCUCGCUUGGUUGCUUGAUGUUGUUUAGGGGCUGAGGAGAGGAGAUGGGGAUUGAAUGGAUUGAAUGGGAUAGAAAACUGACGAAUCUAUCCACAGACACCCGCUCCUACGUCCCCCCCGUCCAAAUCGGCGAAAAGAUGCGCGGCUUCUGCAUCGGCAAAGUGCUCGCCACGCAAAGCCUCAAAUUCCCCAUCGGGGCCCACGUCGCCUGCUCGCACGGCUGGACCGAACUCUCCAUCAUCAAAGACACGGAGCCGACCCUCCGCAUCGUCGAGGUCCCGCAAGGUGGCAAGCUCACCGAUACCCUUGGGGUCCUCGGCGGCACGGGUCUCACGGCCUACUUUGGCAUGCUCGAUAUCGGACAGGUGAAAGCGGGGGAUUUCGUCGUGGUCUCGGGGGCGGCGGGCGCGACGGGGAGUGUGGCGUGUCAGAUUGCGAAGUUGAAGGGUGCGAGGGUGUUGGGGAUUGCGGGGAGUGAGGAGAAGGUAAAGUGGUUGAGGGAGUUGGGGUGUGAUGAUGCGGUUAAUNGGCGUGUCAGAUUGCGAAGUUGAAGGGUGCGAGGGUGUUGGGGAUUGCGGGGAGUGAGGAGAAGGUAAAGUGGUUGAGGGAGUUGGGGUGUGAUGAUGCGGUUAAUUAUAAGAGCGAGAAUUUUGCGAGGGAGUUCAAGGAGAAGACGGCGGAGUUGAUUGAUGUUUUUUAUGACAAUGUGGGUGGCGAGAUACUGGAGUUGGCGUUGAGUCGGGCGAAGGAGCAUAGUCGGUUUGUGAUGUGUGGGGCUAUUAGUCAGUAUAAUUCUGCGAAGCCACAGGGUCCUAAGGUAUGUUCUUUUUUUUCUACCCCCUCUCAUACCCCCUUCCCUUUUUCCUCACUCUCCCCUUCCUUCCUCUCUCCGUUUUCCCCCUUCCCUUAGGCCGUCCCACCUCCCCCUUCCAUUCCAAAUUUCAUCGCCCNCCCCCUUCCCUUUUUCCUCACUCUCCCCUUCCUUCCUCUCUCCGUUUUCCCCCUUCCCUUAGGCCGUCCCACCUCCCCCUUCCAUUCCAAAUUUCAUCGCCCCCCCCUUCUUUGCUACAGUAUUAAUAUUAAUCUUCAUCCAGAACUUCUCCAUGAUCAUCGCCAUGCGUAUCAAGCUCCAAGGCUUCAUCGUCUUCGACUACGCGCCCCGCUACGCCGAGGCCCGCAAGGAUCUCACGCAAUGGCUGGAAGAGGGGAAGAUCCAGCGGAAGGAGACGGUGAUGAAGGGCGGGUUGGCGAUUGCUGAUAAGGCGUUGAUGGAGUUGUAUAAUGGGGUUAAUACUGGUAUGUUAUUAUCCUUUCUCUGUUUCUUUGUCUUGGGGGGGUUGGUAAGGGAAAGUGGAGGGGGAGAGAGAUAAUCGGUGGUUAUGGAAAGUGCGUGGGAAAGUUGGGAGGAAUGCUAAUUUGGAUUCAUAGGUAAAUUACUCGUCGAGGUUAAAGCUGAGGAGGGCUUGGGGUCGAAAUUAUAGAUUUUUGUUUGUAGUGUAUAUAGCAUUAUGCAUCCUGUCUUCCUAAUGGUAGACGGGAAAUUAAAAACGCGAUUCGGUACUACCUGCUUAGUAGUAUGACUGUAAGCUGUCUUAAUCCCAGAUGCUCGUGAAAAAGUUUAAUAGGUACCUAGGCUAGGCGAAAAGAGGAGGUAGUCGGAAAAAUAAAGCUUAUUCGAAAGUUCUUUUUAG